UUACAUCAAAUUUGUUCAUUGUUCUGCAGCGUCUCUACGUUUUCUGUUAUUUUUAAAAGGAAAAUAUAUAUGUGUGUGUGUGUGUGUGUGUAUCCACACUUUUAGGAGAAAAGAAAGAUAUGAGAUCAAACACAAAUAAACGAGAAAGUGUGAACUAAAAUAAGAGAGCAGAAUACGUACAACAAAAGGCGAGUCUUCGACAGCGGAUAAAAAUAGGAUAAUUUUGGAGUAUUAUUUUUUGCCUCAGAAAGUCAUGGCACACGUGGAAGUCCCAAUGGGGGAAAUGCAGACCCCGCCAGAUAAUCAUAAAAUUACGAAUGGAUUUGAAUUUUUGCAACUACCUCAGCUGCCACUUGGACAGAUAGCUGUAGGCUAUCCUCAAGCCCAAAACUGGAUCGAGCAUAGAAAAGCAAAUAUUCGACCAUGGUCAUUGUUCCUUAACACAAACAACAUCAGACCGCCACCCAAUAUAAGUAGAUUGAGCAAGCGGAUUGUGAAGAACAUUGAAUAUUUCCAGAGCAAUUAUUUGUUUGUGUUUAUUGGACUAGUGAUAUACUGCUUACUUACUUCACCUCUGUUGUUGCUGGCAGUUGUCGCUUCCCUUGGAAUAUGUUAUAAGUUGUCUCAGCGACAUUCGAAACAGGAAUUGAUGAUAUUAAAUCAUAGAUUAACUUUGGCGCAAGUGUAUUCUUUAGUUGGAAUUUUUUCACUGCCUGUAUUUUACCUAGUAGGUGCACAUGCAGCUGUCUUUUGGGUACUUGGAGUUUCUUGGUUUAUGAUAACGCUUCACGCUGCUUUUUAUAACAUCGAUGCAGUGUUGUGUCCAGGAGAAGAGGAACUCAAUGCGUUAGUUAUGCAGGAACUUUCUGUUUCUGGUACAAGAUAUAGUUUAUAUUUUCGUGAUGAGAUACGUUCAGUUGAUUUCGUACUCGUGUGGGAUGAGUAUAACGGGGAAGCACAGACCUACCGCAGUGUCGAACGUAGAAGAAUAUUUGAGAAGAAUCUGGAAAAAGAAGGGCUACAAUUGGAGUACGAACAAGUGGAAUCAAAUGGCUUGCACUUCAUAAAGAUUCACGCGCCCAAGGAAGUUUUGCGACGAUAUGCUGAAAUAUUGAAACUCAGACUGCCAAUGAGAGAACUGCCUGGUUGUCACAUGCCUCAGACAAGCAGUAACAUUAUUAUCGAGGAAGUCAAUUCGUUAUUCCGGCGCAUCAUGAAUAAAUAUUAUGUCGACACAACUAUUUUCCCGACGAUGAGGCAGAACUUUACAGCGGUGUAUAGUAGGGAUAAAGAUUAUUUAUUCGAUUUGGAUUCGCCCAAUUUUUUCACAUCGGCGACUCGAUCGCGUAUUGUGCAAUUUAUAUUGGACAGAACUAGAUUCACAGAAACCAAGGAGGACGAUUUCGCAUUUGGUGUCGAAAGACUGAUAUCCGAACAUACAUACGUUGCAGCGUAUCCGCUUCAUGAUGGAAAUCUACACACUCCGGACUCAAUGCGAUAUCUUUUGUAUACUGAAUGGGCUAGUUUAAGAAAAUGCCUUCAUUAUCAGCCUUUGGAUUACAUCAAAGAGUACUUUGGGGUGAAGAUCGGGCUCUAUUUCGCCUGGUUGGGAUUUUACACUCAUAUGCUAAUUCCAGCUAGUAUCGUCGGUCUCUUGUGCUUCAUAUACAGUUGCGCUACUUUGUAUCACAAUGAACCGAGCGAAGAUGUUUGUAUUGGUAACAAUACAAUCGCGAUGUGUCCAUUAUGUGAUCAUUUUUGUGACUUUUGGAAUUUAAAGCAAACGUGUUUACACUCGAGAAUUACAUAUCUGUUCGACAAUCCAUCGACAGUAUUUUUCUCUAUAUUUAUGUCAUUAUGGGCCACACUGUUCCUUGAAUUAUGGAAGAAAUAUUCUGCCGAAAUAACCCAUAGAUGGGAUUUAACUGGUUUAGAUGCUCAAGAAGAAUAUCCUAGGCCACAGUACUUAGCAAGACUUGCGCAUAUUAAAAAGAAAUCUGUCAAUAUUGUCAUAAAUGUAGAAGAACCGCAAGUGCCAUACUGGAAGAUGAGAUUACCCGCUACGAUUCUCAGUUUUUCAGUUGUUUUACUUUUGAUAAUUGUAGCUAUGGCUGCUGUUCUUGGAGUAGUUUUAUACAGAAUGUCUGUUUUAACUGCAUUAAGUGUUUCUGGACAUCCAAUGGUAACUAGUUAUGCUAUAUUGUUCACUACCGCAACUGCCGCCUGCAUUAAUCUCUGUUGUAUCAUUUUAUUUAAUUGGCUUUAUGUUUGGCUGGCCGAAUAUUUGACUGAGAUUGAAUUACUUCGUACUCAGACUGAAUUUGACGAUAGUUUGACUCUAAAAAUUUAUUUACUGGAGUUUGUGAAUUAUUACGCCUCUAUAUUUUAUAUAGCAUUUUUCAAGGGGAAAUUCACUGGUUAUCCAGGAAAUUAUAAUCGUUUCUUUGGCUCUCGACAAGAAGAAUGUGGACCGGGUGGUUGUCUCUUGGAAUUAUGCAUCCAACUGAGCAUUAUUAUGAUUGGUAAACAAGCCAUGAAUACUAUCUUGGAAAUGCUCUUUCCUCUAUUUUACAAAUGGUUGAACACCUUGAAAGUUCACGUGGGCUCGAAAAAGUUGGACGAUCCGAAUAAAAGAUAUUCAUCUAGAAAAUAUUUGCAAUGGGUCAGAGAUUAUAAAUUAGUCCAAUGGGGACCUAGAAGUCUUUUUCCUGAAUAUUUAGAAAUGGUGCUACAAUAUGGAUUUGUUACGAUCUUCGUUGCUGCAUUUCCAUUAGCACCGUUCUUUGCGUUACUAAAUAAUGUUUUCGAGACGAGAUUGGACGCGAAAAAGUUAUUAACCAUGUAUAGAAGGCCAGUUGGACAGCGUGUCAGAGAUAUAGGCAUAUGGUACCGCAUUCUCGAUUCUAUUUCCAAACUAUCUGUUAUCACAAAUGCAUUCAUCAUAGCUUUUACUUCAAACUUUAUACCGAGACUAGUUUACCGCAUAACGGUUUCAGAUAAUUAUUCAUUAGAAGGUUUCCUGGAUCAUUCUCUAGCAAAAUUUAAUACUAGCGAUCUGGGUGGAACUCAGCCAAAUAUGACAUUGAAUCAAGUCCCAAUCGAGAUCUGCCGCUAUCCAGAUUAUAGAGAACCACCAAACUCAUCAAACAAGUAUAAAUACAACAUUAUGUUCUGGCAUAUAUUAGCGGCUAGAUUAGCUUUUAUCGUCGUUUUUGAGAAUGUUGUGGCAUUAGUAAUGAUUCUAAUACGGUGGUGUAUUCCUGAUAUGAGUUGUAAGUUACGCAAUAGGAUACGUCGCGAAGCAUAUAUUACUAAUGAAAUUAUUAUACACCAAGAAGCAUUAAGAGCUUGCGAAAGAUCUGACACUGAUGGUUUAGAGCCAAAAAUCACAAAAACAUACAUGGUUGCCAACGAAAGUGCUGAUAGAUGGAACCGAGUUAUGGGAAAAUGUUUGACCACUUCAGAAUUUGAUCUGGAGAUCCAUGGGAGCCCUGUUUCACCCGUCAAUAGAAACCCACGUAUCAGUCAUAUUGGUCUGAUAGAUACCAAGGAUGCGUCGAAUUUGUGAGAUUCGCGAGUAGCAUAGGUUUUUGAAAACUUAUUAAGU